AUGAAGGCCAUCCACAUCGACAGAUUCGUCUCUAACGUGACAGACCUCAAACCUUCCACCAUCCCAUAUCCAUUCUCAAAAUCGUCGCAAGAUAUUCACAUCAAAAUCACCCAUGCAGCCGUAACACACGUCGACCUCCUCUACGCCCAAGGCCUGCACCAAAACAACCGCAGACACGUCCAACCGCCCUUCAUCCUAGGCACAGAAUACGCCGGCAUAAUAACCCAUAGCCCCCCUUCCUCUUCCUUCCCGCCCGGCACCCGCGUCUUCGGCGGCGGCCUAGGCGCCUACGCAGAGCAAAUAUGCACCUCUGAACCCUCCAUCCGCCGCGUCCCCUCGCAAUGGACGAACGCUGAAGCCUGCGCCGUUGGCGCAAGCGGUGCUGUAAGUUACGGCGCUUUGAUCUCAGUUGCGCAACUCAAAGCCGGGGAAACUGUUCUCGUGCUCGGUGCGAGUGGUGGGUUGGGAGUCAUGGCUGUGCAGAUUGCCAAGGCGGUUGGGGCAAGGGUUAUUGCUGUUGUGGGGGGAAAGGAGAAGGCUGAGGUUGUGAAGCGUGUUGGUGCGGAUGAAGUUGUGGAUUAUGGGGUCGAGGGGUGGGAAGCGAGGGUUAAGGCGUUGGGGAAUGGUGGGGAGGGGGUGGAUGUCGUGUAUGAUGGGAUUGGGGCCGUGGAGAGUGGGAUUAGGUGUUUGAGGUAUCGGGGAAGGCUGGUCGUUGUUGGGUUUGCGGCAAGAGGGGGAAAGAUGGAGAACCUGAAGGUCAAUAAGAUUCUGCUCAAGGGAGUUGCGGUGUUUGGUUAUCGGUUCGGGGAAGAUGGGAGGAGAGACCCGCAGAGGACAAACGAUGUUUGGGACGGCUUUAUGAAGUUGGUUGAGGAUGGUAAGAUUCGGCCUGUCAUAUAUAAGGAGGAUUAUUGGGGGUUGGAGGCGGUUAGUAGAGCGCUGGAGGAUGUGAGGGAGCGGAAAGCUUGGGGGAGGGCUGUGAUAAAGAUAUGUGAAGCAGAAGAGGAUAAGACGGAGCAGAAGGCAAGGUUAUGA